AUGGAAGGCCACGUCGGAGACCAACCUCUCGACUUUGUCAUCAGGCUGUACAAGCCUCUGCGGGGCCGCCUCCGCCUCCCUGCUCCAUUCGCAAGGGCGAUGGACCUCGAACAACCGCGUGCGUUGAAACUACACAUGAGGGGCUGCGAGAACGGUAGCAUGCGGGUGGAUGUGGAUUUCCCUACUCCCCAUGUCAUGUUCUUCCGCCAUGGGUGGAAAACCUUUGCUCGCGCCCAUAGCUUGUCGGAAGGGCACGUCCUCCAUUUUAAAUUAAUGGAGGCCGAUUUCCUUUCCGUCAAGGUCUUUGGGUGCUUGGGUGCUCGCUUAGGGUGUUGCACGAAGAGCUCGACCAACGAUGAAAGCUCCUCCUCGAGCGAUAGCAAUGCGGAGGACAGUGACGGCGAUGACGACAGCGCCGACAGGGAGGGCGACGACUCUGACUCUGGCUGA